AUGGGAUUGAUUAUUUAUCCGAGUGCUUUCCUGGUCAGCUUUUUGCUUUCCUGCUCUUUCUUUGGAGUUAGUGCUGACACCUGUGCCAGAGAGUGGCUACAGUACCAGGGCAAUUGUUAUGGAUAUUUUGAGGCCAAGAAGACAUGGACAGAAGCUGAGAUUGAGUGCCAGAGUUACCACCGUGGGGCCCAUUUGGCAUCUAUUCUCACUCUUGCAGAGACUCUAGUAGUGGCUAAUCACAUCAUGUCCUACCAGAUUAAACCCAGCAAUGUGUGGAUUGGAUUGCAUGACAUUAGACAUAAUGGAAAAUGGAGAUGGUCUGAUGAAUCCACCUACAACUAUAAGGCAUGGAUGCUGGGAAAACCCAACUUGAGAACAAAGGAAUAUUGUGUUGAGUUGGUCCAUUUCACUAAAUGGAAUAACACUGCAUGUUACACACUGAAUGCCUACAUCUGCAAGUAUGAAUUGUAG